UGCGUCAUUUCCAGCUUCUGCGAGUGCAUCCGGGUCGUCGAGCCAGCGCCGCUUUCUCUGCGGUGGCCGGAGAGGUGCUCCGGGGAAGUAGGCACCUCCUGCUGGGUUCCUGGCCUACCCACUUCUGUCGGCUCCGAGGCGAGAAGAGCCUUUUCCACAGUGAGCCACAGCUGCUCCCCACCUCUACAGGAGACCCUCCAAUACCAGCAGGAUAUCAAUGCAAGCCUGAAUAAAAAAAGAAUUUCUCCCUCCUAAGCCAUGGCAUAUCAGUUGUACAGAAAUACCACUUUGGGAAACAGUCUUCAGGAGAGCCUCGAUGAGCUUAUACAGUCUCAACAGAUUACCCCCCAACUUGCCCUUCAAGUUCUACUUCAGUUUGAUAAGGCUAUAAAUUCAGCGUUGGCACAGAGGGUCAGGAACAGAGUCAACUUCAGGGGCUCUCUAAAUACAUACAGAUUCUGCGAUAAUGUGUGGACUUUUGUAUUGAAUGAUGUUGAAUUCAGAGAGGUGACAGAACUUAUUAAAGUGGAUAAAGUGAAAAUUGUAGCCUGUGAUGGUAAAAAUACUGGCUCCAAUACUACAGAAUGAAUAGGAAAAAAAAUGGCUUUUUAAUGCCAUCCUGUUAUUGUUCAUCGCUUUUUGAAGAGACGCAUAGAAGAGACUUUUUUUUAAUUUAUUCUAGCAUUGCAGAAACGACUACACUGUGCCAUCCUAUCAGAAUUCCAGUAGAAAGAAGCUUAUAAUUCUGUACCUUGUUACAGUACCUUAUUAUACAGCAUGAAGAAACAGACCUUUUUUUAAAUGACAAAUCAAACGUGGCCUUCCUAAGACCAUAAUAAAUUCAUUUUAAAACUCAAUGUGAGUAAUAAGUGCUAGAGCUACUAAGCUAGCAAUAUGGAGAUACUAGAUAAGCAUUUUGAAAGAGCACCAUGUUCCUUGCAAAGGAAAUUAGAAAAUGCAUUCAUUUCAGUCAAGUUAGUUUUUAUCGUUUGUUUGUUAGUUUAGCUGAUGAAAGCAUUAGCAGGGGCAAGACCAAAAUUCCAGACUAGAACUUUCCUUACAAAACGUUUUUUAAAGUACAAAGCCAAGGGUAAUUAUUGGUGUGAAAAAUCUAAGUAGAACUCAACUAGGAAAAAAAUUAAACAAAAUGUAGUCUUUACAUGAAAAUUAUUUCUUAAAUUGUCCAUAUCAGUCAGGUUUCAUUUUUACAAUAUUCUACAUCUUACCAGUUAUUAGACUUUCAAUAAAAAGUCCUAUUAAAUGUAUCCCAUAUCUUUGUGUACU